GGGAAUAGGGAGAGGCUCCGGGGCGGGGGCGGGGAGGACGCGAGCUCGGAUCCCUGGGCCCUGUCAGCUCGCGCCUCCUCCUCUUGUAGCCGCGCAGCUAACGGCAGCGCUGCGGAGGCCCAGCCGGCCUGCGGCUGGGCCCUCAAGUGCUCGUCACAGUCAGGAAUGCCGGCUGCGGCGGAUCAGCUGCGGCGGCGACAAGAGGAGGAGAAGAAGGGGGAGGAAAGGAGGAGGAGAAAUCAUGACCACCUCAGGAAAAGAGAACUUCCGCCUGAAGAGUUACAAGAACAAGUCCCUGAAUCCUGAUGAGAUGCGCCGCAGGAGGGAAGAAGAAGGACUUCAGUUACGUAAGCAAAAAAGAGAAGAGCAGUUGUUCAAGCGAAGAAAUGUUGCCACAGCAGAAGAAGAAGCAGAAGAAGAAGUAAUGUCAGAUGGAGGUUUCCAUGAGGCCCAAAUCAAUAAUAUGGAGAUGGCAUCAGGUGGUGUCAUUACCUCUGAUAUGAUUGAAAUGAUAUUCUCCAAUAGCCCAGAACAGCAACUUUCAGCAACCCAGAAGUUUAGAAAAUUACUUUCAAAAGAACCUAAUCCGCCAAUUGAUGAAGUCAUCAGCACACCAGGAGUGGUGGCCAGGUUUGUGGAGUUCCUCAAACGAAAAGAGAAUUGUACAUUGCAGUUUGAAUCAGCUUGGGUGCUGACAAAUAUUGCUUCAGGGAAUUCUCUUCAGACUCGAAUUGUGAUUCAAGCAGGAGCUGUGCCAAUCUUCAUAGAGCUGCUGAGCUCAGAAUUUGAAGAUGUGCAGGAGCAGGCAGUCUGGGCUCUUGGUAAUAUCGCUGGAGACAGCACCAUGUGUAGGGACUAUGUGUUAGACUGCAACAUUCUCCCCCCUCUAUUGCAGCUACUUUCAAAGCAGAACCGUUUGACCAUGACUCGGAAUGCAGUAUGGGCCUUAUCUAAUCUCUGCAGAGGGAAGAAUCCAUCUCCAGAUUUUGCAAAGGUUUCCCCCUGUUUGAAUGUACUUUCUUGGUUGCUGUUUGUUAAUGACACUGAUGUGCUAGCUGAUGCAUGCUGGGCACUGUCAUAUCUGUCAGAUGGACCCAAUGAUAAAAUCCAAGCAGUAAUUGAUGCAGGAGUAUGUAGGAGACUAGUGGAGCUACUGAUGCAUAAUGACUACAAGGUGGUUUCUCCUGCUUUACGGGCUGUAGGAAACAUUGUUACAGGUGAUGAUGUUCAGACACAGGUAAUUUUGAAUUGCUCAGCUCUGCAGAGCUUAUUGCAUUUACUCAGUAGCCCAAAGGAAUCUAUCAAAAAAGAAGCUUGUUGGACAAUAUCUAACAUCACAGCUGGAAACAGGGCUCAGAUUCAGACUGUGAUAGAUGCCAACAUUUUUCCAGCUCUCAUUAACAUAUUACAAACUGCUGAGUUUCGGACAAGGAAAGAAGCUGCUUGGGCUAUUACAAAUGCCACUUCUGGGGGUUCAGCUGAACAGAUAAAGUACCUAGUGGAACUUGGUUGUAUCAAACCACUUUGUGAUCUCCUCACAGUCAUGGACUCUAAGAUUGUACAAGUUGCCCUGAAUGGUUUAGAGAACAUCCUGAGGCUUGGGGAACAAGAAGCCAAGAGGAAUGGCAAUGGCAUUAACCCUUACUGUGCAUUGAUCGAGGAAGCAUAUGGUCUGGAUAAAAUUGAAUUUCUACAGAGUCAUGAAAACCAGGAAAUCUACCAGAAGGCCUUUGAUCUCAUUGAGCAUUACUUUGGGACAGAGGAUGAGGACAGCAGCAUUGCACCUUCAGUUGAUCUUGACCAGCAGCAGUACAUUUUCCAGCAAUGUGAGGCUCCCAUGGAAGGUUUCCAGCUUUGAAGAAAAGUUCUUUUAUGUUCCUGUAUCAGAUCAGGCUACUUGAUCAAAUCCUCUUGUGGAGCCCACAGCCCUCAUGGAGCUAAUUUCUCAAUGUUUUCCAUAAUACUGUUUGCGCUCAUUUGCUUGCCUUGCGCACCUGCUCUCUUACACACAUCUGGAAAACCUGGCUCUUUGUGGUGGAAUACCCCCUUAACAAAGGGGUAACCAGAAUGGCCCACCCUCUUAUGGAAAACCAAUAGGCUUUGGAUAUCGGCAUUUAUAUUUUACAAGAGUUGUGUGGGAACAUUUAUAUUAAUAUGGAUCCCUGCCUUUGUUGGAAAAAAAAAUUAUUGCCCCUUUGUUCCCCUUUAAAUGGAAAAAAAAAUUAUACUGACAAAAGAUAAUACUAACAUUUUAUCUUUUAUUCCACACAACUUGAUUAUAAGUCAAAGGAGAUGUAGACACAUUGUGUGUACUUCAGAGUUCUGUUCUUGUGCUCUUCCACAGUAACCCCUUGGAUUAGUUGGUGAUUAACUCCAGCCAAAUUGGCAUUAAUCCUCAGUGAGAUUAUUGAACUCCUUAUUCCUUAGCGCCCCCUCCCCCCCCCAUCCAUACACCUCUUCAGAUAUUAAAGUAAGCCAUCAGCGCCCCCUUAUCUUCAGUCUCUGGUGAAUGUGCUUUUUGGUUGUCAAAAGUGAUGAAGAAUUAAUUGACAUUUUUAUUCUAGAAAGUCUAAGUACCAUGAUCUGGGUUGCAGGUCCCCUUAGAGGAAAAGAGAUAAAGGGGCAUAUAUGGCUGUUGCUCCCCUUUGGUCAUAAACAUUUUAGGAUUUGGAAGUGGUUCAGUUUUAAUACUGUUAUGAGGACUCUCAGAAUUAAAAUCUUCAUGACAUCUCCCCAGACCUGAACAUGAUGUGACCAGAAGCAAUGUCUCUGCAUUAAUGAAGAAAUGUUUCAGGCUUUGUGGUCCUGACCAAGGUCCUUAAGGUAUUGAAGUUCUCCCUAGGUGCUCUCACUCUCUGUGGCUGUCAGAAAACAUCCAUUUAAAGAUUGCUUAAGGAUUGUUUUUUUGUUGUUGUUCUUAGGCAGCUUGAUCUUAACACAUUCAUGCUGUAAACACAACUUUUAGCCUAGACCAUCUUUAAUCUGUUUUAAUAUUAACACCAGGAAUAAUAAUAAGGAAAUAACCAGGAAAACUGGAUAGUGUUAUGGUUCUUCCAGCUGUGAAAUAUAGUUCUGACCACAGCUCCCUCUCUUAUGUUCCUUUCCUCCCCAAAAACAAAAUAUCCACCUUCUCAUCACAGCACUAUUUUAAUUGAAAAGGGGGCAUGGCUUUUCUUUUAAUUUCAUGAUGAUUCCAUCCCCUUACUAGUACUACAAUCCUUGAAUUAGUGCUGUAUUGGUGGCUGUGUUGGUGAGGUGCUGCUUCGUGCAUGAAUAACCCUCAUCUGUACCGACAAACAGUACCUCAUCUAGUCCACAGCAUGUUUGGACCGGAUCUUUGGAUGAAAAGCUAAUACCAACGUCAGUUGAAUACGGUUUCUUCUCAGUGCUACUUGGCCAUCAGGAUACAAAGUUGGGACACCAUCAGAGAAGACUUGCUGUUGCCCUUCUGUGCCAAUGGGUUCUAAAGGAAAGCUGCUCACUUCUGUUUCUGAACAUGCCCUUUCAUGCAGUGUUGGAUUUUUUUCUUGUUUUCUAGGAUUCACAGUCACCCCCAAAAGUAAAUCAUUUUGAAAAGUUACCAUUGAUGAGCUUCCCUACAUCCCUGGGGAGUCUUGCUGGGUCUGGGGGAUGUGCAGAGCUUUCAUACCUCAUCAUAAGGCUAUUCACCAUUGGCAACUGGCAACAGCAGCCUGCUUGACAUGACCUGACUUAAAAAUUGUUUUUAAAAAGUCAUCCAAUCCAGAAAGAUGCAAAGACAGUGGACAUUGUCAGCUCCAAGUGUGACACAUGCUUCCUUCACAUCCAGUCUGUAUUUGUGUCUUGUGAUCUUGGAUGAAUAACGUCUGAUGUAUGUAAAUCUUGGAGCAGCCCCUGAAAAACUAGUCCACUCCAUCCACAACUGUUACUUCUUCUAGUGCUGCUUUGUGCUGAAAGAACAUCUAGUUUACUGCACUUGACCUGUAAAGGGACUUUGAUUCUUUGUAAUUUUAGGGAUAAAUUAGGUGGUUAAUUUAAAGAAAAAUCUUCAAUGUUGCCUUUACAUCACAUUAAAAAUAACUUCUCUUUCAGAAGGGUGAUAGAAGCACUGAUUCGUAGCAAAAUCUUGUUUUUAGCUUUGACUUUUUUUUUUUUUGUGGCUGGAUUUUUUUAAAUUGUAAAUUACUGAUAACAUGUCAUUUCUAUAGGAUCUGUUUUAAAUCAUGUACCUUUUAUUGGACAGUACAAAAAUACAGCAUAUUUUGUAAACCAAUUUGAAUGGAAAAAAUAUAUAAAGCACAGCAGAAAGAUGUUUCCCCUAAGUUAGUAAGAAUAGUGUAUGUUGGGAAUUUUUGCUAGUAAUGGCAGGUGCCUAAAUGAGUGAAUUAAAACAAAGAGUCCAUUUAAAA